AUGGAUCAUCAGGAAGAGCAGCAGCAGCACCAUCAACAACGAUUGUCCACCCUAGCUUUAACUGCCCUGCUGCUAGCCAUUGUACAUGGAGUCCUGACGGUACGCGAUAAUACGGUGUUCUCAGAUUAUCCCGGGGCAGAGGCGGUGGCAGAGGAGCGUUAUUCGGUGCUCAGGCUGCGUACUGAUAAUCUCACACAGUUUAUGUAUGUAAAAAAGUUGUUCGAUUCAUCCACUGAUCUCAAAGUGAGUUCGUUCUUCAUGCAUUUUUACUGUCAAAAAUAA